AUGACACAAGUCAAUGGCACUGAAGUUACUGAAUUCUGUCUUCUGGGAUUUGGUGCCCAAAACGAGCUUCAGUAUGUCCUCUUCACCAUAUUCCUUGUGAUCUAUGUGACCUCCAUGGUGGGUAACACAGGAAUGAUCCUACUCAUCAAGUUAGAUUCCAGACUUCAAACACCCAUGUACUUUUUCUUACAGCAUUUGGCUUUUGUAGAUAUCUGUUACACCUCCGCUAUCACUCCCAAGAUGUUACAAAACUUCAUAGUAGAAAAUAAAAUUAUAUCAUUUGGUGGCUGUGUAAUGCAGUUAUUGGUUUAUGCAACAUUUGCAACCAGUGAAUGUUACCUCCUGGCUGCUAUGGCAGUGGAUCGUUAUGUAGCCAUCUGUAAGCCACUUCACUAUCCAAUAAUCAUGUCUCGAACAAUCUGCAUUCGAUUGGUAGCUGGUUCAUAUGUCAUGGGCUCGAUAAAUUCUUCUGUACACACAGGUUUGACAUUUUCAUUGUCUUUCUGCAAGUCCAACAACAUCAAUCAUUUUUUCUGUGAUGUUCCCCCAAUUCUCACCCUUUCUUGUUCCACCAUUGCUAUCAACAUCAUGCUGCUUGUUGUUUUUGUGGGAUUUAAUUUGAUGUUCACUGUGUUGGUCGUCAUCUUCUCCUACAUAUAUAUCAUGGCCGCCAUCCUAAAGAUGUCUUCUAGUGCAGGGAAGAAAAAAGCCUUCUCCACAUGUGCCUCCCACCUGACAGCGGUCACCAUUUUCUACGGGACUCUCUCUUACAUGUACCUACAGCCUAAUUCUAAUAAUGCCCAGGAGAAUAUGAAAGUGGCCUCCAUAUUUUAUGGCAUUGUGAUUCCGAUGUUGAACCCCUUGAUAUAUAGCUUGAGGAAUAAAGAGGUAAAUGAAGCUUUAAAAAUGAUAAGGAAAAAGUUAUUUUAA